UCGGCUUGCCUGCAGAAGAAGAAAAAAAAUGUCGUGUGCACGAACAUCCGACAAAAACCGUUACCGAAGACCAAAACCGUCACAAAAUGUCGUCAUAAUAUAUGCCGUACCGAACUGUUUUGGAUGCGAAGCAUGCGGUUAUUAGACGGGAGAGUGACACACACAUAUAUUCUUGCCUGAACUGAGGGACCAGAAUUAGCUAUUGUGCUAAACCGAGUCGCUGCUAACUAGCUAGCUGGUUAUCGUGUGUUUUAGUCAGACAUUUAGCUAACGUUAGCUAAGGAUACAGAGUACCUACCACCUGAAUACCCUUUCUCAGGUUGCAAGCACGUCCUAGCUAGUUAGCCAUGUUGACUUGUAGCGAACAUUAACUACACCGAUUUAAGUCAACGUUAGCUAGCUAAAAUGCAGUCACACAGGCUACAAGUUAUCUGCUAACGCGUUAGCUAGCUAAGGUUAUUUCGGUUCGGCUACGGUAGGCAGGGGUCUGUCCUGUUUGCCCUCCGAUUUGGGGUUUGCUUUCAUCUGUCAAACUGAGGAUUCACAAACCCGGUGGCUGUCGAAGGUGUGACGUCAUCGCCCGGUGCUCUUCAUCGAGGAGCCGGGAUCUGAUUGGUCCGUUUGGGUUGCGGCUGGCGGGCUGGCUCCUCCCCCUCCCGGCGGCAGCGUGCGUUCCCAGCUGCCUCCCUGCACCCCACGCUCGCCCGGCCUGCUCGCCCAUGCCCCCGCCACCCCCACCAGGCCCUCCAACGCCAUGUGCCUUCCCCACACCAUGGAAGCAGCAACGGGGAAGCACGGAGCGAGCCAGGCAGGGUUAGGCCUCGGGGGGCUGGGGCUGGGCCAGGGGGGACGGCGGUGUGGAGGGGUACCACUAGAGCCCUUCGUACACCAGGUGGGAGGGCACACCAGUAUGAUGCGUUACGACGACCACACGGUGUGUAAACCCCUCAUCAGCCGGGAGCAACGCUUCUACGAGUCGCUGCCUCCUGAGAUGAAGGAGUUUACACCGGAGUACAAAGGCAUGGUUUUGGUGUGUUUUGAGGGGGAUAUUGACGGUUACAUCAACCUGGUGGCGUACCCGUACGUGGAGAGCGAGAUCCUGGACCACGAGGACCUACCGGAGAGGGAGCAACCCCGGAGGAAACACUCCCGACGCAGCCUCCACCGCUCCACCUCCGAGAUCAAAGAGGAAAGGCUACCGCACGAGAGUGACAGCACUGAGAAUCUCCAGGAGCUGAAGAGUCCUCGUCUAGAGCUCCAGAUCUACAGUGAUAUUCCCUUCCAGAUGCUGGAUAAUAACAGCGGCCUGGGCUCAGAGAAGAUCAGCCACAACCCCUGGAGUCUCCGCUGUCACAGGCAGCAGCUCAGCCGCAUGAGAUCAGAGUCCAAGGACAGGAAGCUCUACAGUAUCCCUUUUUAUUUAUUUAUUUAACUUGGCAAGUCAGU